AUGUCGGAUGCAGCAAGAAAGUCCUGCAGAAUUACUAUUCUAUGUUCAAAAACAAAAUCAAGAAUUGUGAUGCUCAAAAUGCUAGUGGACCAAUUUGGUAGACUCAAGGAACUCAACCGUGAAUUUUUCUUUGACUAUGAAGUAGAUGAAGCUGGUACAUUACUGCAUUUGUUUUGGGCAGCUGCAACCAGUAGGAAAAACUACAGCCAUUUCCAUGAUGUGUUGUCCUUUGAUUCCACAUACAACACUAACCAGUACGACUAUAUCUUUGCACCUUUUACUGCUAUCAACCAUCAUAUGCAAAGCGUCUUUCUUGGUGCUGGAUUCUUACUCAAUGAGACGGCCAAGGACUACAUAUGGUUGUUUGAUGUAUUUCUUAAAUGCAUGGGUGGGGUUGCACCCGGAGUUAUCAUAACAAAUGAGUGUGGUAGCAUGAGGAAAGCUAUCGCGGCACUUCUACCUAAUACCAAGCAUCGCUUGUGCAUGUGGCACAUUAUGAGGAAGGUCCCUGAGAAGGUCUCUCCUGAAUUGAGAAGCGAUGAACUAUUUUAUAAGAGAUUGGAUUCUUGUGUGUGGAAUUCUGAAACACCUGAAGAAUUUGAAGAAUGCUGGAAGUCUUUAAUAUUAGAUUUUGGCUUGCAUAACAAUGAGUGGUUUGUAAAAUGUUACCUGAUCCGUGGGUCAAGGGUGCCGGCAUAUUUCAUGGACAUUCCCCUAGCUGGUAUUCUUAGAACCACCUCUAGGUCAGAGAGUGAAAACUCAUUUUUCAAGAAUUUCAUCCGGCGCAAGCUUUCUUUCAUUGAGUUUUGGCUUAGGUUUGACACAACCAUUAAAAGUCAGAGGCAAGAGGAGUUGUCAGAAGUAUUUGCUGCUAGAGAGCAUUGUGAUGUCCAGGAGACCACAACUGUGGGGAAUUUGAAGAUUGUGUCCAUUAGCGAUCAAAGUCAUCCGAAAAAUAGGGUAAGAGAGGUACACUUGGAAACAACAACCAUGAUUGAUAAAUGUUCUUGCAAGCUCUUUGAGUCAAAGGGCAUUGUUUCUCGCCAUAUCAUACGUGUCUUGAGGGGUGCAAAGAUAAAUGAGCUUCCAACCUUUUAUGUACUCAAAAGAUGGGAGAGAAUGUGCAAAAGGGAUGUUGUCUACAACGAUGAAGGGAAUCCACUCGAAGAUAAUCCCAUUGACUGCAUUGACAUGGAUACAAGAAGAAAGAUAUCAGAUGCACGAAACAAAUUAGAAGAUAUCAUCCGAUGUGCUAAAAAAUCGAGCAGAGGACUUGACUUACUUAAUACGGGAGCGAUGAUCCUUGGAGGAACAGGUGAGCAGAGGUGUACUGCGGCCGUCAUACUUAAGACCAUCAGAGAUUCAAUUGAAAAUGGAGUGAAACAAGGUCAUCAGGAACUCAACCCCAAGAACUGA